GGGCAGCUCCUUGGACCCGAGGAGCUGCCACCCCUCAAGAACUGUGUCCUGUGGGGGCCCCCGUCCCUCGCCAGUAACGGUCGCCUCCCUCGACGGUUGGCCAGGGCUCCGCGGUCAGGAGCUGCCAGGUGGGGACUGAGGAUGGCUCAUGCUGUCCCUCUCCCCAUACCUUGUCCAGUCCAGCUUGGUACUAUCAAAAAUGAUUCAUUGGAAGCUCAACUGCACGAAUAUGUUAAACAAGGAAACUAUGUUAAAGUGAAAAAAAUCCUGAAAAAAGGUAUUUGUGUUGACACAAUUAACUCCUUGGGCCAGACCGCUCUGUUUACCGCUGCAUUGCUAGGUCUUGGUAAACUAGUAGAUGUACUCUUGGAUUAUGGAUCAGACCCAAAUCACCGCUGUUAUGAUGGGAGCACCCCAGUACAUGCUGCAGCAUUCUCAGGAAAUCAGUGGAUUCUCAGUAAAUUGUUGGAUGCAGGAGGUGAUCUGCGAGUACAUGAUAAAAAUGGAAGAAAUCCGCAGUGCUGGGCUUUGUCAGCUGGAAAGGAAAGUAGUGCUCAGAUGUUAGAAUUUAUACGGCGUUGUGCAUCACACAUGCAGGCUGCAAUUCAGAAUUUCCCCUCUGAUUUACUUAGGAAGGUUGGUUCAUCAAAAGUACUAGUCUGCAACCCAUCUAGAUUUGGUGGCAUUACUCAAGGAAAUGCCGACAGUCCUCUGACUAGACUUCUAAAAGGUGGAGCAAAUUCAUCAAGAAACAUCUACAGUUUUGGCUUUGGGAAGUUUUAUCUAACAGGCAGUAGGCAGCUAGGGUACCUGGCAUCUCUCCCUAUCAUUUGGGAUAAAGAAGUGGUUCAGGCAGAUGAUGAGCCAACUUUCUCUUUCCACACUGGACCAUACAUGAUCAUGACAAAUUUAAUGUGGGGCAGCAGCAGAGUCACAGUGAAGGAGCUCAGCCUUAAACCACAUCAGAACUGUAGUAAGCUACGUUUAGCUGAUCUUCUAAUAGCAGAACAGGAAUAUAGCAGUAAACUUCGUCAUCCUCAUUUGCUGCAAUUGAUGGCAGUUUGUCUGUCCAAUGAUCUGGAAAAAACCCGUUUGGUGUAUGAGAGAGUUAACUUUGGUUCACUAUACAGCAUCCUUCAUGAAAGGCGUUCAGAAUUCCCAGUAUUGCACAUGGAGACAAUUGUGCAUCUGCUGCUUCAGGUUAAUGAUGCUUUGAGGUUUUUGCACUCACGGGGAUUUAUCCACCGUUCACUCACCUCUUAUGCUGUACAGAUUGUUUCUGCUGGUGAGGCAAAGUUAACCAACCUGGAGUACAUGAUAGAAAGCAAGGAUGGAGGAGACCACAGUGAUCUCACACGUGUUCCAGUCCCAGCCCAGCUGUAUAAGUGGUGUGCUCCUGAAGUGAUCCUUGAAAAGGCUGCCACAGUCAAAUCAGACAUUUAUAGCUUCUGUAUAGUAAUGCAGGAAGCCCUAACAGAAACUCUUCCCUGGAAUGGGCUUGAAGGCUCAGGUAUUAAAGAACUCGUAGUUUCUGGGCAACAUUUGGAAACGGAUGUCAGGCUUCCUAACCCGUACUAUGACAUUGUAAAGACAGGUCUAGCGCCUAAACAAAACGACCGCUCCAUGAGUCUUCAGGAUAUUCGCUAUAUAUUGAAGAAUGAUUUAAAGGACUUGAUUGAGUCUCGAAUUGGUCGCUCUGAUGAAAGCUCAACUGCACAAAGGCAUGUAAUAUUUCCAGAUAUAAACAUCUGUUUGGGGUCCACAUCUAAUUACAAGAGGGAAACGCUAGAGUUGCAAGGAGAGGCGAUAACAAAGACUGAUGGCAGCUUUACUGCACCAAGGUGUUCAUUUUCUCCUGCUGAAAAAGAAACCAUUAUAGAUCGUGAGGGUAUAACUUGUAUUCAGCCAGUUAUACAGGAUCUGAGCCAAGAUAUAGCUUCUGAACUCCAGAGGACCUACAGUGUUAGCGAGGUGGACGACAGCCUCUGUAGUUUUGAAAUCAAUGAAAUCUAUGCAUGUUAUCCAGAAUUACAUGAAGAUGUUCUGGAAGAACUAGCUGGAUUAGAUCGUGCUUUGGAAGAUCAAAUAAAACAGCAAAAUGUAGACAAAGACAGAGCCGUUUCCCAGAUCCUACCUCUGUUUCCUAAAAUACAGUUAGUUGAGCAGCCAAAUUCUAGUGAAGAAGGCAGCUCUUCAGAAAUGGGUACAGAGUACAGUAUAGAGGAGGUGGAGAGACUAAGUGAGGCCUCUGAGUCCUGCAUGCUGCGCUGUUUGGGAGCAGAUGUCAGGGAAAGUGUGCAUAGCCCGUCCAAAACUGAGCAGCACAUCAGCAAAUGUGUCCUUAAUCUCAAGAUUUCUCAGACCUUAUUGCGGCAGGCAACGGAUUCCCUUUACAGAAUAGAGGUGAAAUUAGACGAAUUAGAGACUGUUCAAAACCAGCACAAGCUGCUUAAGGAAAUCCAAGCAGAGCAAGUUUCUAAGCAGAAGUCCAUAGAGAGCUACUUAGAUAAAAUUGAUGAUAUUCUCAAAAAUAUCAAGAUCCCCUUGUCAGGUGCUGAUGCUUUUUUGUGGAAGGCAGUGGGCCCUCCAUCAAGGAACUAUAUACCACCACCACUGCGAGUGCCUGGAGCGCAGAGUGCAUUGGAGGUUGACCAUUUCCAGGCUAUCUCAAAAGCUGUGAAGGAACCAAGAGCAAUUCAGAGUGAGAAGAUUGAGUGCGUUGAUCAAAGACGUAAGAAUAAAGAUGACUGCCAGAAUGAUUUCAGCUCCAACAUGGUGAAGAGUACUGAGGUUCGAAUAGUGCCAAACUAUCAGCAAGUGCAUUCACAUGUGGCUGUAAGACGGAAAAAAAAUGUCAACUUGCAACACCAUAGAGGAACUGAUUCAAGUUCUGGAGGAAGUGGAAUCGAGGAAGAGAAAUGGUUUUUUCCAAAAUCAGCAUCUGAAAUUGUGAAAAACACAAGGAGAAGUGAGGAGCGAAGGAUGGUGCAGUCAGAAUGGAAGACUGAAGUGAAACAAAUGGCUAAAAUAGUGGCGUCUGGGCAGCUGGGACUUCUCCCUCCGUAUUUCCCGAGUGAAUGCACCUCAGAAAGCGAGGCAGAAAGCGUGAAGGAAGCCUUUCCACAUACCAUCUUCAGGGGCCAGGAAUGUAUUGGCUGGCAGAGAAAGGAUGGCAGGUGGCACACAGGCGAUGGCACUGAAACCCAGGAUCUGGGCAGGAAGGAUGAGUCAGAGGAGAGUGACUUGGAGUCUGUAUUCAGAAGUUUUGCAGGCAGAAGUUGGCAGUCUCUAGCAAAAGAUGAGCAAGCAGAGCGUGGAGCAAAUCUUCCUAAAAAUUCAGUCAGUCCAACAGAAGCUGAGAAUCCCUGCUGUGAACAUUCAAGUGAAUUAACUCGUUCCCCCAAUUCCUCUCCUGACAUAUCAGAUGAGUUUUUCACUCCUGAUCCAGAUUAUUUGUUCUCUCCAGCUGCUCAGGAAAACGCUGAACGAGAGACCUCAAGUUCUGAAGAUGAGUUAGAAGUUACCCAAGAAGCCUGUGUACAGAAACAGACCUCUACUGAUACAGGGUCAGGAGAGAAAAUAUUUAUGGGCAACGCAGCAGUAAAAGGCCUUGGCAGUAACGAAGUGGGAGUGAAUCAAGUCAGCCAUACUCCUGUAGCCAGUGCUGAAGUAUCACAAGAAAUGAUAUCUAAGGAGACACUGAAAGAGUCCAAAGAGAAAGAUAUAUCAUUGACAGAUAUUCAGGAUUUGUCCAGUAUUUCAUGUGAGCGAGAGAACUCUUAUAAGGAUAUAACUUGUAAAACACCCAGAGUGAGUCAUGCACCAACUAGUGUCAGCACUCCACUCAGCCCAGGGAAAAAAGUGUCAUCAACUAUCAAGAAAUGCAGAGACUGCCAUGAAAUUCCUCUGGAUACCUCUUGUUGGGCUACUCAGGAGACUUCCCUAACAGUGUCUAGUAGCUUCAUUACAGCCCGUGAGAAGGGAAAGAACUCAGAACCCCCCUUCCUUUCUUCAGAAACCUACUUCUCUGGAUUGACUGAGCCUAGUGGUUUGUCGUCAUUCAGUGCUUCUUCACUUUUGAGAAAGGCCAGGAAAGAAUCUCGUAACCCAUUUCCUGCCACUCAGCAGAGCGACUUACGGAAAGCUGAUUCGAGCCCAGAUUUUUCCCAGGUAUCAGACCACUUUAUUAAUGAGCUGCCUCCACCAGCCCAGGAGCUACUUGAUGAAAUUGAAAAUUUAAAGCGGCAAGAUGCUCCCUAUCAGGACUUUGAGGAGAAAGGAUCCCAUGCCCACAGCAUGCCAAAGAAUGUUCUCACUCAAAUUAAUCCAGAAGAAAAAGAGGAGGAAGAAGAAACUGAGAAUAAGGGAGAGAGAGAUCACAACUUAUCAACUAAAGAGAUAUUGAAUCUAGCAGAAGAAACAGAAAGGGCUCAUUCUACUCUUGAUGAUCUCUUAGAAAAAAUUCUCCAUCCAAUUCCGGAGGAUUAUGAAGUCCAAGGAGAACCUCGGGAAUGCCUUGUCAGUUACAAAUCCUGAGGAUCCAAAACCCAGUUUAUGGCAGCGGCUGCCUUGGCCUUCUCCAUUCAGGGUAAUUGUCCUGGAUCAGAGCAGCGCACCUAAGUGAUCAAAGUAGAUAGCAUAUAACCCUUCAAUAAGUUGUUUGACAUCUUCCUCUUAUACGGCUGCAUGUUCCAGCUUGCCAGAGAUGGUCAAUGUCCUGUCAGAGAAUGGUGCCAACCCAAGUUCGUAGUGUCAUCAGCAGAUUUGUGUAGGAGAAGAGGAUCAGACUGAGAGGAAUAAUGAAACAGUGACUGAAGAAAAAACUGUGCCCAUCAGCGGUUGCUGAAGCUACAGACUUGAAUGCUUUCUUUGAAGAAUGAGACACUCAUACCUUCUGGCACAUAGCUGCUCCAGCCCAACAUUGGUGGGGUUGUCCAGAGAAGUGACCAAAUCCAGCACAUCCCAAGACCAGACCUGAGGAUCUGCUCAGCCAGUGUGUUCUGAACUCCCCUGGGUUUUUGAGAACAGCGCCUGCUGAGGGGGUUGCAGCUAAAUCAAACAACCUUGGUAUGUUUUGGAUUGGAGUGGACCUAACCUAGUGAGAUGAGUGUUAAUAAGAGGCAUGUGUGAGAGAGUCCAGCCUGAGAGAGAGAGAGAGAGACCAAAGCAGGCCUGCUCACGCUCAUAGACUGAGAGUAUAUGAACACAGGAAGCAGUUAACAGUGCUGUGCAGCGCUACAAACUCCUGAUUUGCAACUGGAGCUGUUUUUUGUAAGAACACGAUCAUGCACUUUGCAACAAACGAGGACAGCUAGCCAAGAUGAAUUAAGCAAUCAAACCAGUGCUUCAGCCGCUCACCUUUGGCGUUAAUUCCUAACACUACUCCACCUUAGCACACAGAGAGAGAGAGAGAGAGAGUGUCAGUCAGUUCAUUCCACAGAGGUAAGCCAAGCUGUGCCAGUAAAGACAGACAGAGAAGUCUGUAAAACCAGCAAAGAGUCCUGUGGUACUUUAUGGACUACAGACAUAUUGGAGUAUGAGUUUUCGUGGGUGAAUACCCAAUUCGUCAGAUGCAUGCAGAGAAGUCUGUUACUGACACUCGUUCAGCUAUCCAGCGAGAUGUAUGCAAUGUGACAUUGCAAAGUUUUCCAUGCUCUUUGGUAGCUAUUGGAAACAGCUGUUUAGAGGGGCAAGCGACAAGGGAGUCCUCACUCUCACACACAGAUGGUCCUACCACGGAGAGACCUAGCAAGUGGUGCAAGCAAGGUUUCUUUUUCGCCUGUAUUAACAGAAGUAGGUGAAUGAGGAAGGAUUUCCCAGUGGUUAGUGCACAAGCCUGGAACUUGGGAGACUGGAGCUCAAUUCCCUGCUCUACUAUAGCCUUCCUGCAUGAUCGUGGACAAGUCCCUCAAGCCCUGACCUGCUGUUAGACACCUAAAUAACACUGAGGCUCUGGGCCUGUUUCCAGGAUGUAAAAAGAAGAUUGGUGGCACUUCUCUACCUCACAGAAGUGAGGAGGAUCAAUCCCUUAAAGAUGGUCAGGUGUUUGGAUGUGAUGGAGGUGGGGGCCAUAGAAGUACCAAAGCAGAUAAAGCAAAAGCUGUGCAUCUGGCUGUACUAGCAUGAGCCAGGCUAGAUAACCACCGAGCUCAUGUGAAAAAUACAACUGCACAAACCAGACUGGUGUCUACUUCCAUAACUGUGAUGGGGACAAGGUGCCUCUACACUGCUUGGGGGGGGGGCGGGGCAGGAUGCAAGGAUCCCAGCCACGAGUGCUAGAGGAAGGGUGUUUAUUCACUGCUCAGAUUGCAAUAGAAGUAUUUAGAAAGGCAAGCAGAGACAAAAUAUGAUUGGAUGUCCCGCAGCCGGGAAAACUGAUGCAAUUUAUAGGCCUAUCAUCUUGAUGUAUGAGGCGCUCAUUAAAGAGAGCGGCAUUUUAGCAGCUAUCAAAUACAGUGU